CCUCACUCAUCAGAGACCUGCCAUUCCCAACCAAUCAGAGCGCUUGGAAAUGCUCCUCUGAACACUGCACCCGCCCACUCAGGUCAGAGUGGUAUCAUCGUCUGAAGGGAGAGGACGCAUGUUUCUGAGGACUUUUUACUGUCACAUGUCUGAAUGUUGUGCGUGCAUCGAAAUACCAAUUGUCUCUUUCAGGAAUAAUGGAGACUGGACCAGACAGUCUGUUUGUGACCCUCCUGCUUCUCCUCCACAGUUCACACUCUGAGUCUGAGAGGUUUAAGGUUCUUGGUCCAACUGAUCCCAUUUUGGCUGUGGCUGGUGAUGACAUCAUUCUGCCCUGUUACAUCAAACCCAACAUCAGUGCUGAGGAGAUGACAGUGGACUGGCUGAACCUCGACUUCAAAGACGAGCGUGUCUAUCGUUACCAAAACCACAGAAUCAUACAAGAGGAUCAGAUUCCCUCCUAUAGAGAAAGAACUUCACUGUUUAAAGAGGAUCUGUGGAGGGGCAACGCCUCUUUGAAACUGACCAGGGUACAAGGCACUGAUGAGGGAACUUACAAAUGCUUUAUUAAGGCACUGAGCUGGUAUGAUGAUUUGACUAUUCAAGUCCGCGUUAAAGCUAUAGGAUCCAAGCCAGUGGUGUCCAUUGAGGGACACAGAGAGGGAGGGAUGGGUUUGCUGUGUGAAUCUGAAGGCUGGCACCCUGAGCCUGAGCUGGUGUGGCUGGACAGUAAAGGAGUCCAUCUCUCUGCUGGACCUCCUGAGACACACAGAGACUUCAAGGGAUUCUACACAGUCAAACAACAUGUCAUUGUCCAGGAGACUGACGCCAACCACUUUACCUGCAGAGUCCAACAGAGGCGGAUCAAUGAGAAGAAGGAGACAAUGGUUCACGUCCCUAAUGAGCUGUUUCAUCACACUAGUCCAUGGAUAAUGUCCUUCAUUGUGUUAUGCUGUCUGGGAGCCAUCACUGUGAUUGGGUUAGCUCUGGCUAUCUACUGGAUAUACAAGAAAAAAGGUGUGAUUAUAGAUCAACUCAGACUGCAGCGGGAUGACCUCAGGACGGAGAAUGAGAAAGUCAAGAACGACUUGGACCAGAAAAAUCGCCUCUGUGAGCAGCGAGAUGAUGUUGAAAAGAAUCUCACUAGUCUACUGGUUCGCCUUACUGAGGAGCGAGAUGACCUCAAGAAGGAGAAUGAUGACCUCAGGAUGGAGAAGGAUGACCUCAGGAAGAAGAGGGUGGAUGUGACUCUAGACCCUGAUUCUGCAUCUCCCUAGAUCAUCCUCUCUGAGGACAGGAAACAAGUGAGACAUGGACACACGACUGCACCUUCACUGAGAAACUCGAUCCAUUCUUCAGCCCUGGUGGUUCAGAUAGUGUCUCACUGGUCAUCUGUCCUGUAGAUGUCACUGAUUGACUGUUUGUGAAAUGCUUGUUAUUCUGCCAAUGUGCUGUAAAUAUAUGGAAUGAAAAAAGUCUUUAAAAAAAAUAAAAAUAACAAACAAACAACA